ACGAGGUGGUUUCGCUUUCUUUUUGCCAAAUAUGUAGUUUGCUCCAUCUGGGCAUCCGUCUGGUUGCGCUGUCAACCAGAGUCAAACAAUCCACUGAUAAGAAAGAGCCGGUCACCUGUAGAGGGCUCAGAUAUACUGACAGCUUUUGGUGUUUCUUGUUCUGGUGAUAUGUCUUCAAAUUAGAGAAGGGGGUACCUGGCGAAAGUUUCCUAAGCCAUGAGUGAGCAUUAUUUGAAGGCAAAAACUGACUUAGGAGAGGAGGCUGAUAAGGGGGAUAUUAGUGACAGUGGAGCCGAGUGCUUUAUAGCACGGGAUGUUAUGGUACCCGAGAGGCAAAAUGCUGCUGGUGCUAUAAACAAAGGCACAGGUGAGCAGUUUCUUGAGGGAAACGAGAAAAGUUGUGAGGGAACUGUGCCCGGGGAUGCCAUGCACCCCAAGGUUCACAGGCAAAUUCUGCACUUCACUGGUAGAAUAUGGAUGAGAAGACGUGAGGGUAGUAGAAGGGGAGAUACGCGGCAGGACAACGAGAAAAAACUAGAACAUAACAAAGAAGACGGGACGGUUAUACGGCGCAGGAGAUCCGUGACCGUGGACAGCUCCAAAGCGAAGACUUCACUGGACGCCCUGAAAAUCAGCCUUAAACAAUUAAGGUGGAAAGAAUUUCCCUUAGGUCGUCGCCUACCCUGCGAUAUUUACUGGCAUGGUGUAUCAUUUCAUGAUAAUGAAAACAUCUGCUCUGGUCUAGUUAACAAGUUUCCAGGCAUGACAGAAAUGGUACGUAAAAUUAUGCUGAGUCGAGCAGUCCGAGUGAUGCAGGAGCUGUUUCCGGAGGAAUACAAUUUCUAUCCUCGUGCAUGGAUUCUGCCAGAGGAACUUCCUCUUUUUACUGCUCAGGUUCACAUGGUGAAAGAGAAGGCUACUUCCUGGAGACCUACUUUUAUUGUAAAGCCAGAUGGAGGUUCUCAGGGUGAUGGAAUCUACCUCAUUAGAGAUCCCAGUGAGAUUCAAAUGCUGGGAAGCCUUCAAAGCAGGGCAGCAGUGGUCCAGGAAUACAUUAGCAAACCGUUGCUCAUUGACAAAUUAAAAUUUGAUAUACGUCUGUAUGUGGUACUAAAAUCUCUUGAACCUUUAGAAAUCUACAUUGCCAAAGAUGGACUCACAAGAUUUUGUACAGAGCCAUAUCAAGAGCCAAAUCAUAAAAAUCUGCACAAUAUGUUUAUGCACCUAACAAACUAUUCCCUGAAUAUACAUAGUGCGAAUUUUGUCCAUUCUGAAAGUGUAAGCACUGGAAGCAAAAGAACAUUUACCAGCAUUCUUUAUAGACUGGCUGCCAAAGGCAUUGACAUUAAAAAAGUGUGGUCAGACAUAAUAUCACUGGUAAUUAAGACUGUUAUUGCACUUGCAGGAGAACUUAAAGUUUAUUAUCAAGCUGAAAUACCACAGGGAAAGCCAGGACCAUCAUGCUUCCAGAUUUUAGGGUUCGAUAUCCUUUUGGUGAAAAACUUGAAGCCUGUGUUACUGGAAGUGAAUGCCAAUCCUAGCAUGAGAAUAGAACAUGAACAUGAGAUUUCACCAGGUGUGUUUGAAUAUGUUCCAAGUCCAGUAGAUGAAGAAGUGAAAGUAGCAGUAAUAAGAGAUACCCUACGUCUGAUUGAUCCAUCAAAAAGGAAGAAUAAUUUUACUCAAUCUCUUCAGUCUGACCAUGUGCCUGAGACAACCAAAGAAGAAGAGAUAUUUAAUGACAGUCACUCCAAUUUUCAGGAACAGGAUGCUGGCAUGCACAGAGAAAAUAGUUUGCCCUCCCUUUGUCUGAAGCAAGUGUUUCCAAAGUAUGCGAAGCAGUUUAGCUAUCUGCGAGUGGUAGAACGAAUAACUAAUUUGUUCAUCAGAUUCCUUGGAAUAAGAGGGACAACUAAACUAGGAUCAACAGGGUUCCGGACUUUUAUAAGGUGUUGCAAACUUAGCAACAGCAGCUUGUCAAUGGCGUCUGUGGAUAUUCUUUACAUUGAUAUAACAAGAAGAUGGAGCAGCACUGGAUAUGACCAAAGAGAGCCUGGGAUGUGCUUGCAGGCAUUUAUUGAAGCUUUCAUUUACCUGGCUCGAAGAAGGUUCAAGUCUCUACCUCUCCAUGAGCAAGUGACAACACUGGUUGACUUAUGUGAAUGCCAUCUUGAGACAUUAGAUGAAAAGCGCACAGCUAGCAGCCGUGGAGCAGCAGAACACAGGACCCUGUUUGGCAGUAGUCAGCCACAAGGACUUCAUACAGCCCAGUCUGCCCAUGUUAAUUUAUUACACAGGACAGGCACUACAAAUAAACUCUCAGAUUACAAACUUCAUUACCCAUAACAGUAGUUAGAACAAGAUAAAUGAUGAUGCUGAAACUGAAACUUCAUUCAUUGGUCCUCACACUGCGUCAGCAGCAGCACUGGUGGUGAAAAACAGAAUGCUGAAGUUUCCCACUGAUGUAACCAUUUGCUCCUCACUAGUACAUAGAUCAUUUAAAGAUAUUUCUCCAUUUAUUCAGUAUGACAAUAACUGUCAAGGGCUGUAGUAAUUAUAUAUACCCUAAUGUUAGUAUUCACAGAAUACAAGAACAGCUUGGUUAGCAACCUGCAUGGAAUCUAUGAAAAACAAGCCAAAUGGAGGAGAACAAUUUCCUUUAUUCAAGUUUCAAAGAGAUGUUGGUGCAUGUGGUAAAGUUCAUAUCUUUGCAGAAAGAACCUGUCCAAUAUAAAGGACAAAAACUGUCAGAUGGGCUGAAGUGAGAAAAGUCAAUGUACUGAAUUAAUGUUGUAUUUAGAAAGAAAAACUUCCAUUUGCCUGCCUUAAGAUUAAAAAUAUGAGAAAUUAACAUUUUAAAUGCAAUAUUUAUAAAACAAUAUCAUACUUGAAUAGUUCAAAUGUGUAAGUUCUUAGCAUUGUUUUACAGUUUCUUUAGAAUCAGAGUGCAAGUCAACAAUCAACAAUUUUUUUUACUUGGUUGUUAUGCUUUUGUUUGCAUACUUGCAUAGUAUAUUGCCUGGCUGAGCACGACAUGGCAUGUUCACAACAGAUAAAAUGAAAAUGUAACUUGUUUCUGCCCUCUUAGGUACACACACACACACACACACACACACACACACACA